CUCAACAUUCUCGUGAAAAUUACGCACGAAUCCGCGAACACGGCACAAAACAUCUAUCUUCUGUCUCUUGAUCUGAUGGUCUCAUGGUCUCAUGUGUAUUUUGUCUUUUUUCUUUCGCGACAAAGGAUUCUAUAGAAAAACCUCAUGUAAAACGGAUUUUUUGUCGCGUUUCACGUCGGGAUUAGCAUCGUGGUUGCGUAAUGAAUUCGUGCAAUAGUUUACAGUAUGGAGCAGUCAAUAAAAAUGUUAAUACGGUUCAAAGAGGCUCAAAACCAAAAAGGCUAGAACUCCAAGUCGCCCAGUUUUUAAAACAAGAAAACUUCAAAUUUUCGAGUUGACAUUUGGUAUCCUGGCAACUGGCUUUCUUUACAAACAAAUAACAAAGUAUUUGAAAAAUUGAAAUUUGUAAAUCAAACUGUAAAUACUUAAUAAAUAUUGAAGAAAGUUGCUAUAUAGAUAACUGUAAAGAUAGAGUAUUGUCACAGAUUAGUGAUAUAGUAUAUAUUUAAGUUUUAAUGAAGUUCAAAGAGAUUUACUUCGAAAAUAUUAAUCUCGAAACUACAGUGCAUACUGCAUGAAUUCAUUAAUGAAACUGCUUAGAACUGAUUACUUAAAUUAAACAGUACAACAACAGAAUAAUCAUGUUUAUUUAUAUGAGUAAAAAGAUAGCCAUACCAAAACAGUCCAAUGUAACAUGCCUAGCAUGGAACCACUCCACAAGUUACAUUGCUGUAGGUGGAGAAGAUGGAAUGUUAAAAGUUUUAAAAUUAGAGUCAGGUGGUAGUGGUAAUCUUUCAAUGAACUUAAGUUUGGAGGGCCACUCAGGAAAAGUAUGUGUGGCAAUAUGGAAUGAGGUUUUCCAAAAAUUAACAACAAGUGAUGAACAUGGAGUCAUAAUUGUUUGGAUGCUAUACAAGGGUUCUUGGUAUGAAGAGAUGAUAAACAAUAGGAAUAAAUCGACAGUAUCAAGUAUGGCCUGGGGAUCUGAUGGUCAAAAGAUUUGUAUAGCUUAUGAAGAUGGUGCUGUUAUAGUAGGUUCAGUAGAUGGCUCUCGCGUAUGGGGCAAAGAUAUCAAAGGUCCAGGCUUAAGAGCUGUACAAUGGUCUCCAGACAACUCUCUGUUACUCUUUGCCCUUUCUAAUGGAGAACUACAUCUAUAUGAUGAUCAGGGAAAUUUUACGAUGCCUGUAGCAAGCAAUGGAGUGUCAGAAGGCAUGGAAGUUGUAUGUAUGGAUUGGUAUUCAGGCAGGGCGCCCACAAAUAGACCAGUUUUAAUGAUAUGCUACAGGAAUGGCCAAUUGCUAUUAAUGAAAAACUGUACAGAAGAAGAGAGCGUAGUAGUCAAUACAAAUAUGACGAUAGUCGACUGCCAUUGGAAUCACAACGGCUCAAUAUUGGCUGCGGCGGGCCGCACGCAAGAGCAACACAAUGUUGUGCAGUUCUUCAAUGGUUUCGGAGAGCACAUAAGAACCCUGCGGGUGCCGGGCGGCUCGAUGCGUGCGCUCUCGUGGGAGCAGCGCUCGCUGCGGCUGGCGGUCACCAUCGACUCCUUCAUAUACUUCGCGAACGUGAAGCCGGACCACAAGUACGCCUUCUACGGGGACACGCUGGCCUUCGUGUCCAGCACUGAGACAGUCACGUUUUGGGAUACAAUCACACACCAGUCGUGGAUAAACCAUAUUCCCGAUGUAGUCGACAUGUGCGGCGUGGAUGAAUACUGUAUCAUCGCCACAAUGACUAGUUUGAUCAUAUCUAACCAACAAGGAAUUCAAUGUGACGCCCAACCGACCACAUUAUCUGUGGCGUACGUAACUAUUAACAGUAAAGCUAUAGCGGUCGCUGCGUCUAAGGAGGCUUUUAUAAUAUGGCGGUUCUCUACGCCGUCUAGACAACGUGUUAUGGAACAACAGUACAAUGCCGAUGGAACGCCAUUCACGUCCGGCGAUGGCAGGUUCCACGACGACACGAUAUGCUGCAUCACGUGCUCCGAUAAUCACCUGUUGAUUGGCAGAGACUCGGGCACAAUACUGCUGUUCUCGUUGUUGAACUUCAAGAAAAUAACGUCUAUCAAUAUGAACACCAAGCCUUACAAGAUGGGUCUCAAUUCCAACUCGAGCAAAUUCUUCGUGAUCGAUCAGGGCGGCUCGCUGUAUAUCCUGGAGACUGAGAUGGCACACAACGUAAGCGUGGGGCAGGCGCUGAGGAAGGAGGUGUGGGGCGCGCGCUGGGCGAGCGACAACGCGCAGCUGCUGGCGGCGGCGGAGAAGGCGCGCCUCUACGUGCUGCGAGACGCGGAGCCCGAAGAGCCGCUGCCCAUGCAGGGCUACCUCUGCGGGUUCAAGGACUUGGAAAUCACGACGGCACUGUUAGACAGCAUCACGGACAAGUGCGCGCCGCAACACGUCGUGCGAGUGGAGGUCAAGUCACUGAGAGACACGCGCCAGUUGCUCGAGAAAGUUGGACUGAAGGAGGCUGAGAAUUUUAUAAAAGAUAACCCACACCCAAAAUUAUGGUUGCUGCUGGCGGAGGCGGCUCUCAAGAACUUCGAGUCCGAGUCGGCGAUAGAGACGGCGGAGGCGGCCUUCGUGCGGCGCGGCGACUACGCGGGCGUGCGGUUCGCGGCGCGGCUGCACGCGUUGCACUCCCCCGCGCUCAAGAAGGCCGAGGUGUUGGCUUACUUCAAGGACUUCGAUGGCGCCGAGCAGAUAUAUCACAACGAGGACAGACGGGACCUAGCGAUAGCGCUGCGCAAGCGGCUGGGCCACUGGUUCCGCGUGGUGGAGCUGCUCAAGUCGUCCGUCAGCAGCACGGACGCGCACGUCAGGCAGGCGUACUGCAACAUCGGGGACUACUACAUCGACCGCCAGAACUGGACCGGUGCUCUGGAGUAUUACAAAAUGUCGAAUAACAUAGAUGGAUUGAAAAAAUGUUACAUGGCUUUAGAGGACAACGAAUCAUUGGCCAAGUUGAUCACUGCACCAUCGAAAACUUCUAAGGAAACAACAUCCAAACUGAUCCCCGAAGAGAGUACCGACAGUCUGCAAGCGCCCUCAAUACAGGCUAUAACUCAGCUGAAAGACAACGAUCGGCUGUCACAAGCAGCGGCUAUGGCGUACCAGUUAGCAAAUUUGGAAGCGUCGAAAGCAUCAUCGCCGUGCCGAAUAAAGAAACUUUAUCUCCUCGCUGGACACUUGUAUAGUCAAAAUUCUAUUGACGGCGCGGCGACGCGGUCGGCGGCCCGCUGCCGGCGGCUGGCGCGCGCCGCCCACUGGCUGUGCUGUGCGGCGACGCGCGCGCGCUCCCCGCAGCCGCGCGCCGACGCCGCGCUGCGCCUCGCCUCGCGCCUCGCCCACGACCACGACCACUUCCACCGAGCACAACACGUGCAGGUUUGGAGCACCGUAGCAGCUCUGUCCCUACAAGGUAGAGCCUUUGAACUCUGUUCAAAAGCGUUGAUCAAAUUGGAGGCAGUGGAUCCUCAAACUUUCGAGAACAUUGCCAUUGAAAUAUUUACACGAUGUAAACCGAAAGAUGUCAAAGGAAACAAAAUCGAGUGCCCUCAGUGUCAAGCAAAAAUACCCGAUUGGGCGGCGUCGUGCUGCGCUUGCGGCGCGCAGUUCCCGGGCUGCGUGUCGUCGGCGCGCCCGCUGGCGGUCCCGCGUGCCGUGUGGACGUGCCGCGCGUGCGACGCGCAGGCGCAGCAGCACGAGCUGGUGCUGCGCCACUCGUGCCCCAUGUGCCACGCUCCGCUGGCGACGUAGAGCCACAGCAGCUACGACCUGCGCAGAUGGUGUUGCCGCUCCAUAUCUUCUAUGGUAGAAUAAGGCGGCCAACCGUCCCGUAUUCUGCGGGACCGUCCUGUAAUGCUAGAUGUAAUCCCGCUUUGAAAUAAUUUGUAAAAUAGUCCCGUAAAACGAUGGAUGCGUCCCGCAUGUCCCGCAUUUUGUACCACACGACACAAACAUACACUACAACAGACACGCGCGCACGAACAAUAGCGCUGCAUCUAUACCUUUUCUCUCUUUCUCUCAUGAGGCGUAAGAGCGGGAAAGGUGUGAUGUACAAGGGCAUUUGACUUUUGUACCUAAGUUUUGAGUUUUUAUGUAAUUUUGGUAUACAAGUAUCUUAAACCGACUAAACUUCCAAUCUAUCCACAAUAAGUCCCGCAUUCAAUUUUCAGAAAGUUGGCCACCUUAUGGUAGAAUCUUUACAAAUACCUACUCAACUGACGUUUCAAAAGGGCUUGUAAGCCUACUUGAAAUCAAUGAAUUUUGAAUAUCCUGGCUUUAGGGUGAUUUCAAAGUACCUAGUGUAUUUUUUUGCGCGUAUACGAUCGUUUCACCAUAGGUAAGCGCUUACACUAGCUCUACAUUACGCGCUUCAAAAAACCGAACUCGCGCAAACGAUCAUAUUUCAGCGUGUUCGCUAGAACCGGUGGUGGUGUCAGUAUCUGUGGGAGGUGUCUCUCGCGGCUAGGGAUGAAACUAUACCGAGGUAUCAAAUAAGUAUCGAUAUUUCGUCAACACUACUACAAUAUUUAAUACUUACUGGCUAACGUCCGCGUGAAACUCGAUGUAAACUUUCAACUACCCCAACAUUUUCUUGAAUUUUCUUUGCUAUAAACCUCACGGAGCCUUUCCAUCGAAUGCAAAACCAUGGAAAUCGGUUCGUGCGUUCUGGAGUUAUAGCGUCAGUAAGGAAAUCCCGACUUAUUUUUAUAUAGUAGAUUAUUUAUACCUACAUUCGAAAUAAUAUGAAGUAUAUUUUCACCCAAUUGAAUAGUGUAUCAUUAAAAGUUAGAGGAACCCCCAUAGAUGCUCUCUUCCGUGCCAUUUGUCGGUCACUAAGGUCAGCUCUACUCUUAAAUAUGUAUUAGGAAUUUUAAAUAAGUAGGUAUCAUUAAUUUAUUCCGUCCAAAUAACGCUCGAGCUUGUGGUUUUUUUUAUUUAUUUCCUGAGUUUCUUAUUUUAUAUUUUUUUUAAAAAGAAAGUUUGCCAUCUUUUAAAUAUGACAAACUAGUCUGGAAAGACUAUAUUAGGAGUGGAUACGACAAUAGACCAACGGGCGGGGAUCGAACCACUACCCCUCGGUGAUGAUUCCGACCGCUCGUUGAGCUAUUGGGGCUAUAAGUUUUGAUGGCCAAAUACUUGUAUAAUUUAUAGUAUAGGGUUGUAACCAACGACAUUUUAUACUAUAGACAUGUUACAUGGCUACAAAUUCACCACAAAGAGUAAUCCGAAUUUAACUACUCCACUGAGCGCACACAUGAACAUUUUUGUGUUUAAUUUCAUUAUACAGGGUGUCCCGUAAUUAAUGGAUAAAACGCAAAUGGUAGAUACACCACCUAGUUAUCUAAAACUAAUUUGAAUAGUUUUCCGAAAAUACCUUAGGGUGUCAAAGUUAUAUUUUUUUUUCGGUUUGUUAAAAUUUUGAAUCAGUUUUUUCAAUGCUGUAGCUGCUGUAACUAAAAAGAUUUUAAAGAUCUGUUUUUCGUUAAAAUUUACGGAUUAAAUCACCAAUUUAUUAUAAUACUAUUUUUAUAAAUAAUGUUUUAUUUGAUUUGUAGAAGCUUUGAGUGAAAUAAUUAUUUUUCUUUCAUUAUGAUGAUCCGAUUUUAAAAAAUUGUCCUGUAAAAAAUGUAUAGAAUUAGUGUUAGAAGUGAAGCGAAGUGAAAAAAAGUUGUACACCUAUCGAGCUUUGUAAAUUGGUAUAAAACUAUUGUUUACUCUUUGUAGUUACAAAGUUGCUAGUAAAAAUGUAUGGAAGGUGCUGAACUUUCAAUACAAGAAAACAGUUUUUAAAGUGUGCAGAUUUCAACUUUUUUCUUCAAAAUGUAAUAAAUUCAGUAACUGCCUAAGUACUUGCUUAAAUUUACAUAGCCAGUCAUUUUUGGAAAACUAUUCAAAUUAGUUUUAGAUAAUUAUGUGGUGGUAUCUACCACUUGCGUUUUAUCCAUUAAUUAGACACCCUGUAUAUUUGUGCUUAUAGUUUUUAAAGUUCCUAAAGACAACUCGACAUUGUAUAUUUAGGUAUUAUUAAUUGUUUAAAUAACUUUUGUUUUUUACUAUGCGACUCAAUGAAAUGCAGUCUAUUAGCCGCUUUUGUUCACCUAAGUUUUGACGCGCUAGUAACAUCUCUGUUAUAAAAUCUUUGGUUGUAACAUAGUUAAGUUGUAAUGGAUCUUUGCCUCCUCUACCGUAACAGUCUAGUAGUCAAUAAAUCUUACCUGUUUUUAAUAUUUUAUUGUUAAUCAAACAACUUAUUAUUUCUUCUAAAUUAUUUAUUUCAACAGAUUUUACAAAGCUUCUUUUGUAUUAACAAUGUUAUGGAAAUAAUCAUUAUUAUCUGACUAGAUAAUUUUGUAUCAGUAUUCUUUGCUUUAUCUUUACAAUUGUUUCCAAAUAGUAGUAUUAUUCACACUAAACAGUAAACACAUAAGAACUAUAGAUAUUUGACUGUACAUCAGUCAUUGCCUCUGCAUCACAUAGCAUAAGCUUAGUUUAAGAAAUCAAAUGAAGGCCAUUCAGUUUACAUGAUAAGAUAAGAUGUAACUAAAUGAUUUGGUACAAUGCUUCUUUUAUUUGAACUGUAAUGCAACUAUAUUAAUUAUUAUAUUAAUAAGAGGAAUAAAAUAUCACUUUAUUUACAA